AUGAAAUUCCUAAUAUUAAUUGGGUAGGUUUUAGCAUCAGAUUAGGUUCAAUUAUAUUCAAUCAAUCCAAACAAUCAAUCCAUGCUUCAAUCUGUUGAUAAGUCUAAAUUAAAUGAAUCAUUAGUAUUACAAAUAUCUAUUAAAUUUAUAGCAUCCCGAAGUGCGUCCGAUAUUACCUAAAUCAAAAUCAAAUUAAAUAAAAGGUGCUAAAAUUGAUCAGAUAAAAGGUGUAAGAAUCUUUAUAUCUUAAGAGAUGUCUUUAUUUUAUUAAUAAUUUUUAGUACUAAUGGAUUGAAUUCCCUGAUUUAGAUUCUGCUUCUUUUGAGAAACAUAAUAUUGCUGAUGGAGAGUAUUAUGGAAGAUUGCAAGGUUGAAAUAGAGAAGAAGAUGGAGUUUUAUCUCUCAAAAAGAAGCCAAUAUAAAAAGGUAUAUUUUUAUUGAUGGAUUAGGAGAAUGUCAUUAUUCUGAUGGUACAAUCUUUAAUGGAAUUGGAAAUAAGAUAAUCUUAAUGAU